UCCAUUUGUCCUAAUCUUCCCUCUAUAUAUAUAUAUAGCUAUUUGCUUCAAUAUUUCCAUCCUCCAAAACCCAGUUCCCAUUUCUCCUUCCUUAAUGACUGUGUUCCAUAAAUUAGCCACAUUUUUUUUUUUUUUAAGAAAAAAGAAUUACCUCCAAUUUAAGCACAGUAAAAAUUAGAAGCUUUUUCUGGUUUGUGUUUGAGGAUGAAGGUUGAAGAAGUUAGUCAGCAUGAGCGAAGAUAUGCACUUUUUCUAGCAGCGAGGGAUUCUGAGUAUGUUAAGAAAAUGUACGGAGGCUACUUUAAUGUAUUUGUUGCAGCUUUUGGGAAAGAAGGAGAUAGGUGGGACUUGUUUAGAGUUGUAGAAGGAGAGUUUCCCGACAUGGAUGAGUUAGCAAACUAUGAUGGCUUUGUGAUCACUGGCAGUCCAUAUGACGCUUAUGGAAAUGACUUAUGGAUUAUCAAGCUUUGCUUUCUGUUGCAGACAUUGGAUUCCAUGGGUAAGAAAGUCCUUGGAAUAUGCUUUGGUCACCAGGUUUUAUGCAAAGCAUUGGGAGGAAAGGUUGGGAGGGCUUCCAGUGGCUGGGAUAUUGGAGUGACGAAGGUGAAGAUUGUGGAAGACUUGCCUCCAUGCAGCUUUCUUAAUGAAAGGGAGGAAAUCCCAUCUUCACUUUCUAUUAUUGAAUGCCACCAAGAUGAGGUUUGGGAUGUCCCUUUGGGUGCUGAGGUUAUUGCAUUUUCAGAGAAAACUGGUGUAGAAAUGUUCACCAUUGGAGACCACAUACUGGGUAUUCAAGGUCAUCCUGAGUACUCCAAAGACAUUCUUUAUAAUUUGAUCGAACGUCUCGCUAACAACGGCUCCAUAAAGAGAAGUUUUGCCGAAACUGUGAGGUGUGAAUUGCAAGUAGCUGAACCAGAUACGAAAGGUUGGGAAAAGAUAUGUAGAAAUUUUCUCAACGGAAGAUAGAGAGAGAGAGAGAGAGAGAGAGAGAGAGAGAGAGAGAUUCAAAAACUCUAUUAAAUUGGAUGCAUUUGGUGGUUUCAAACUUUUUAAUCAAUAUGUAAUAUGAUGGAGACUAAACCACAAAACAUGUGGUUAAUUAGCAACACUCAGAAAUAUUUACAAUAAUUUUUCUUCCAAA